CAGAGGGGCUGGUGUGGGUGGAGCCUCCGUUGGCCCCUCCUCUCCCGGGCUGCCGCAGUGAAAUUGGGCGCGUUUGCGCAGUGACGUUCCUUUUUUUGUUGGAAGUACUCGCAGACACCCACCAAUAUGGCAGAUGAGGUCGAUUUCACCACUGGAGAUGCCGGGGCUUCCACUACUUUCCCCAUGCAGUGCUCUGCAUUGCGCAAGAACGGCUUUGUGGUCCUGAAAUCGCGUCCCUGUAAGAUCGUUGAAAUGUCAACUUCCAAGACUGGCAAGCAUGGUCAUGCUAAGGUUCACCUAGUUGGUAUUGACAUCUUCACUGGUAAGAAGUAUGAAGAUAUCUGUCCCUCCACCCACAACAUGGAUGUCCCUAAUAUCAAAAGAAAUGAUUACCAGCUGAUCGGUAUUAAUGAUAGAUACCUGUCCCUGCUGACUGAUGGUGGUGAAGUUCGUGAUGAUCUGAAGUUGCCAGAGGGAGACUUGGGAAAGGAAAUAGAAGCUAAAUAUGAAGCUGGAGAUGAGAUAAUGGUCUCCGUCUUGUGUGCGAUGCAAGAAGAAUGUGCGGUAGCCAUCAAGGCCAUGACCAAAUAAACAGGGAUCGCCGGCUCGAGCUAUCUGCUCAGGUCAAGAUAAACCACAGAUCUUAAAUUUGGUUUUGAUUGUCACCAAAGCUAUGGCCUUCACAAAAACCUCAUUUCUUUUUGACUUGUUUGCAAAUACUGCUGGAUUCUAAAUUUGGUUAUGCAGGUUAACUGGCACUUUCCAAAAUCACUGCAGUUUUUUAAAAUUGUUAAAUUUGUUACCUUUCACAUUCCUAAAGGUGUUCAUUGAGGGUCCAGCUAAACUGAAUCAUCUUUAGUUAAUGUGUUAUACAUCUGUUUGCCCCUGAGGCAGUUUAUAUCCAGCUUAGUUUGAAAACACUUGGAGUCAAAAAGGUAAUUUAACAAAGUAAAGAUAAAAAAUGGACCUUGUAUUCCUUACUAAUAUGUAGGACAAAAUGGCAAGAAUUAGUUUAAAAUGUAAAUCUCUUGCAUGUUAGACUGUUUGGAACCCUAAAUGCCAAGUUAAUCACUUGGCCACUUAAUUAAAGUAAGUGAUUUAGAAAUGCCAGUUGAUGCGACACUUUUCCUGCCCCUUACUUAUUAAAAAAUAAAGUCCUGGUGGCCAUGUGCAAGUAAAAUGUAUUACCUCUGUCCUCUCCUGCCAACAUGUUGGCUUGCAUAUUGUAACCUUAUUAAAAGGGUGUCAAAGCCUGCCUAUGGUUUAGUCAGGCACUUGGUAUUUUGGGUGAUUUUACAUAGCAGGCACAUAUGGCACAAAAUGAGGGUUAGAGUUGUUAAUGCUACAGAUUUUCACUCGAGGCCUUUGUCAUCAGACUGAAAAAAUAAAAAUAGAAAAAUGCAGUUCAGUUGCUUUUUUUCUUUUAUUGUAUUUAUCUUGAAAUAUUAAACAGAGUAAAGACCUUCCCAGGAA